ACAUCCUUUUUAACGAUCUCAUAUCCUUUCAGCAGGCAAGAGAACUUGACAUAUCAACUUCAUCUAUCUUUGACAACUAAGAUAUACCCGUACCUAGGUAAAUAUCUUCUUCUGUGUUUUCCCUUUUUUUUUUUUUUUUUGGUCCAAACGACAAUGAUGAGUUCUUGUUCAAGAGAAUGACCCAUGCAUGAACAAGAUAAUAUUGAGGCGCAAACGGAUGGAUUCUCGUCCCCAUCUUAAGAAUGCUUGAAGAGAUGGUUUACUUCAGACACUACACUUCCCCAUCCACCAAACUCAGGUAUCUCGUAGUUGAGACUGAAGAUGGCGCGGAGCAAACUAGAUUCUUGAUUCAUACCAUACUAGCUGGGCGAUAUGCGAGUCCGUGGCCUUCUUUGAGGAAUCCGCUUCAUAUGGCAAAUUGGACGUCGGAGAAAACCCAAAAUUCUAAUCGAUCAUCCAAGAUGUGGUCACUCCAAGCACCAAACCAUCAUCAUGCCAACAUUGCGUCCGCGCUACCGUGCUUAGCUCGUCGUAUAAUUCAAGGAGAGAUACGCUGGGGAGACACCGUGACGAUUGAGGGAGAGUAUCGUCACAUUCCAGGGUAUUGGGAAUGGGCUGAAGAUAUACUUGGGAGGAGUCAAGAAAUCUUGGGUACGGCUCAGAUUUACGAUGCGGUUUACGCUUCACUUUUUACUUACGAUCGCAAUUCAGAUAUUCUGCAAGCAUUUUGUGAAGCUUGGUGCCCCAAGACGAAUACACUCCUUACAUCUGUUGGUGAAUUAUCCAUUUCCCUUUGGGACUUACAUGUUUUUGGAGGCUUACCUAUUUGGGGUUCUCUUUAUGAAGAAGUGGUUCCUUAGGCCAAGGAACUUACAGGAUUAGACCAUAGAAGAACAAGAUAUGUUUCUCGAGCUUGUGAAUAUUUGUUCGCAGCCUUCCAUCAUCUCCGGGGUGUUGACCAAGAAGUCUCAUUGAGCAAGUGGAUAAAAUUUUGGUGCAAGAAACCUUUAAGGUAUGAACCUGCUCCACCAAGGAAGGAAAAGAAAUCUGCUCGUCUCAAAUCGACACAUAAUCCUACUGGGACUUUACCCG